AUAAGCAAUUAGCAAAAGAGUAACUUAAACUACUCAAUUAAGUUAAUGGCCAUGGCUUCUAAUAUUCCGCAAAUUCUUUUUGUUUGCAUUUUUGUUAUUCUUUUAUUGGAUUUGGUUUCUUGCCGAUUUUUCAAUGGUAGUUUAGAUGCUGGUGGAUUUUCACCAGCAGUAGCAACUUGGUAUGGAGAUCCUACUGGAUCUGGCAGUGGAGGAGCUUGUGGACUAGAAGAUGAUGUAGCAAAUGCUCCCUACAACGGCAUGAUAACCGCUGGAAAUCAAGCUUUAUUCCAACAUGGCACGGGAUGUGGUGCAUGCUAUCAGGUCUCAUGUUCGAAACCAGAAUGCUCUGGAAAUCCAAUAACAGUGGCACUUACAGAUGAGUGUCCAGGAACAUGUAAUAAUGAUCCAAUUCAUUUUGAUUUAAGUGGAACUGCUUUUGGUGCUAUGGCAAAACCUGGUCAAGCUGAUCAACUACGUAAACUCGGAAGAAUUGAUAUUUCCUACAAAAGGGUGGCGUGCGACUACAAACAAAAUAUUAUGUUUAAAGUUGAUAAAGGAUCCAACCCUAAUUUCUUUGCGGUUGUAACUGAAGCUGAGGACGGAGAUGGUGAACUCUCUUUGGUUGAGAUAAAACCGACAGAUUCAAAUAAUUGGCUACCCAUGAAACGAAUGAUUGGAGUAACGUGGUCUGCUAAUAUUGAUCCGAACACACAAAAACCUCCCUUCUCUCUUAGGUUAACUUCAGGGAAUAAGCAUCAGGUUAUAGCUGAUACUGCUAUUCCUGUUGGUUGGCAGCCAAAAGAAAUUUACAAAUCGAAUGUCAAUUUCCCUGCCCAAUUAUAAAGUCUUUAGUUUGAGAGAUUACAAAGUGAAAUGUUGGACUUCUUUUGUAUACCAACAAUAUGAUAUAUUAAAGAAAAUUCUUCAGAUAUCAA